AUGGAACCAGCUGCCCAAGUUUCCGGCGGCGACGUCGGUGACGACGGCGCAACUCCACCUCCACCCUCUCAACCUCGGGAACAACAAGAACAGCUGGAGCAACAACAGCAGCAGCAGAAACCGAGCCGGUAUGAGUCUCAAAAGAGGCGGGACUGGAACACUUUUAUACAGUAUCUGACGAACCACAAGCCGCCGCUGACGGUGGGGAGGUGCGGCGGCGCGCAUGUGGUCGAAUUCAUGAAGUACCUGGACCAGUUCGGGAAGACGAAGGUGCACGCGCACGGGUGCACCUACUUCGGCCAUCCGAGUCCCUCGGGGCCAUGCGAGUGCCCCACGAAGCAGGCAUGGGGCUCGCUGGACGCGUUAAUCGGGCGCCUCCGCGCCGCCUACGAGGAGAACGGUGGCGGCCGUACGGAGUCCAACCCCUUCGGCGCCAAGGUUGUCAAGUCUCACCUCCGAGAAGUCAGAGAAAGUCAGGCCAAAGCUCGUGGCGUCGCCUACAAGAAGAAGAAGCGGAAGCGCCGCCUGCCCUCCGCCGUAGGCGAAGGGUGUUCGAGGGGCGUAGCGGGGACUGCUGCUACUGCUCCAACCACGACGAUCGCGAUGGCAACAGCUGAGGUUGCUUCUGUUAGUGCUUCCAGUGCUAGUGCUGCUGCAAGUGAUGCUGCAGGGAGUUCAACGUCGGCCUCAUGA